AUAUCUUUUUCUGUUUGAUCAAUGAACUUUGUCAACACGGCAGUUGCAACAAUCAACCGUGAAUUAUAUUCAUUUAUGUGACAUUUGCUUUGAAAAUUUGUCAAUGUCAAUGUUGCACGUACGAGUUUGUGCUAUUGUGGAAAGGCCGUGUAUUUAAUCAGGGAAGUGUUGUCAUUCCCUGAUUUAAUCAUCAUAGUACUGUUAUCAUGGAGAGUGCGUAUAUGCUGGUUUUCGUCCUUGGGCUUUUGGGAGUUGCAUCGACUGAUUUUUUGAUCAACGAUCUGGACCAUCCUUGUGUGCGGAAAUGCAAGACUGGGCAAAAACCAAUGACGUGCGAAUAUGAUUGGACGGUCGAGUCAUACUUAUCCAUGUCACGUGCUUGCUACCAAUGUCCAUUCAACGAGUUUGACUGUCAUCUACCACAUUGUAUACCCAUGGCCGGAUACAUGAGACCCGUCUACUCGGUUAACCGUCGUCUACCCGGGCCAAGUAUACAGGUAUGUGAAAAUGAUGUCAUCGUGGUUAAAGUACGCAACAGAAUGCAAAACGAAGAAGGUGAGGGGAUUCAUUGGCACGGCUUGCAUAUGAGAAACGCUCAACAUAUGGAUGGAGUUCCGCAUAUUACCCAAUGUCCAAUCAGCGCUGGACACGAUUUCACUUACAAGUUCGAAGCAAAUCUGCCCGGUACACACUGGUGGCAUUCGCAUGCUGGAAACCAUCGGUCAGACGGUUUGUUUGGUCCCAUUAUUAUACGGCAGUCUGAAAAAGAUGAUAUCAACAGCGACCUCUACGACAAAGAUGAUCCGAGUCACGUGAUUACCAUAAUCGAAUGGACAAAAGCCAUGUCGAGUACUGUAGAUCUGUCCCUUUUCCAUGCUGUGCAAAUGAGCCCUUGUGAUGGUAUUCUCAUCAAUGGAAAAGGAACAAAUCACGUUGUGACCCGUCCUGACAACACCAGUGCAUCGGUGGGCCACCAUCUCAUGUAUGUCAAGAAAGGUCUUCGAUACCGUUUCCGGGUCAUAGGGGCCGCUGCUAACGUCGCUGCGUUUAUAUUCUCCAUCGAUAAUCAUCGACUCAAGGUGAUAGCCAUGGAUGGUGCCCCGGUGACCCCUUUCGAUGUUGAUAGGAUCACAGUUUUCUCGGGGGAUAGAUACGAUAUUGUUGUAACUGCUGACCAGCGACCCACAAAUUACUGGAUAAGAGUUGCGGGGUUAUUGGAUUGCUUUCGUCAUCAGGAAGUUGGUAUACUGCGCUAUGCUGGAACACCGAAGGGUACCGUUCCAAGAGCUGAUAGGACUAGGAGAGCGGAAGGAAGUCUCCUGAAUCCCUUUGAUGGCAAUCUCAGCCAUGAUGCUACUUUUAUAUCGGAACUCACGGACGCUGAAGAAAAACGAGACGACCUUAGUCACGCUGACGUCACACACUAUCUCGAACUUAACGGUGUAUGGAGAAAUGGUGCAAAGGGACUUCACCACCCAGUGUUCUAUCCUUAUGAACGUGCAUCAAACACUACAUACACGGACACUCCUGUGACUGUCAUCAAUAAUAUAUCAUUUGCAUUCCCCGAAGUACCGCUGCUCUCCCACUGGCAAGAUGUGAAGCCUUCGUCAUGGUGUAACGAGGACUCUCUGCGGAAGUCGGGCAAAAACUGCAUGUACGUGGCUUGUGAUUGUAUACAUCGGAUUGACAUCAAAGAGAAUCAGGUAGUGGAGCUGGUAUUUAUCAACAUAUUAGACGUCUUGGCCCAUCAAAUGCACCUUCACGGAUACACUACCGAGAUAAUUGGCAUGGCCAAGAUGUACAAGUAUUUCACGAUUGAAGAUUUCAAGCGCUUGGAUGCUGAAGGAAAGAUCAAACGUAAUCUGAAGAAUGCUCCCAGGAAAGAUUCCUUUAUGGUGCCCCAAGGAGGGUAUCUUAUCCUCAGAUUCAGAGCCAACAACCCAGGCUGGUGGCUCUUGCAUUGUCAUGUUGAUUAUCACUUGAAGCUCGGUAUGGGCAUGGUGAUUCAUGUUGAAGGUGAUAUGGCGCCACCACCGGCUGAUAUGCCGAAAUGCACCAAUUUUUAAAUGAGACAUCUGAUACUAGGCUGACUAUGUCCGACGAAGUUGACUCUACAACAGUAUCGAACGCUACGCAAUUUAAUAUUAAAAAACAAACACGUGCACACGUUGGUAUUAAUAAUGCAUAAAUCAUUUUUAUUAAUUUGAUGCCAGAUAAAGAAAAUUGUAUAUAACAAGUGGGGCGCCUCUGGCAGUCUCGCCUACAUUACCCGAUUCAAUAUACCAGCAGUGCUGACUUUCAAAAUGACUAUAAAAUAAUUAUUCACAAAAACACCGUAUAAUGUGCUAUUACGUUCAUUGACCCUAAAUGACAUCUUACCGUGAUCAGUGACCUACGACUUGUGCAAGAUGAGCAAUGAUACUGGAUUACUCAUAUAUAUGUCCACAUUUCAUUAACUAUAGGCCUAUCCAUAAACUUCCAAAGUUAUGAUUGGCAAUGCAACAAUACUUACAACAUGGCCAAAGUUCGUCGACCUUAAAUGACCUUCGACCUUGGUCAUGUGACCUGAAACUCGCACAGGAUAUUCAUUGAUACUUGAUUACUCUUACGUCCAAGUUUUAUGAACUAGCUCUAUAAAAAUUAAACGUUAUGAUGGGAAUUCAACAAAUAACCACAACAUGCCCAAAGUUGGUCAUGUGACGUGACCUGAAAAUCCAGCAGGAUGUUAACUAAUACUUCAUUACCCUUAUAUCCAAGUUUCAUGAACUAGGUUUAUAUAUUUUUUAAGUUAUGAUGACAAUGCAAAAACUUAACCUUAGGUUAAGAUUUUGAUGUUGAUUCUGAACAUGGUAUGAGUUCAUUGACCCUUAGUGACCUUUGACCGCGGUCAUGUGGCCUGAAACCAAGGCAGGAUGUUAAGUGGUAAUUGGUUACCCCUAUGUCAAAGUUUCAUGAACUAGGUUGAUACACUUUCUAAGUUAUGAUAUCAUAUCAAAAACUUAACCUUAGGAUAAGAUUUGAUGUUGACGACGCCGCCGCACAGUGGGCCAGAAUGAGUUGAAAGUGCGCCAAAAUUAUAUUCCGUGUUAUAUUUUUACUUUAACAUGUUGAUUAAGGGUAAUUUAGGGCGUAGAAUCGACUGAACAUAAUUUAAAGCCGAUAUGACGUCACUUUGAUACCAAAUUUUGAUUGGCUACCUAUCUGUGAAAAGACAAAUUACGCUAAACAAUGUGUAGUAUAUAAACUUUGUGUUAUGUGUUACUUUAAGAUUGACCAGAGUGAAUGUUGGUUUAUGCUUCUCACAUGCCUAACAAGUGUGUAUGAGAUCCUGAAAAUAAUUAUAUGGCAUCAAAGGGAUCAUUAGAUUAAAAAAAUACUUUAAAAUCUGAAAAAUAUUAACAGUGCUUUAUCAAGCGGUGUAGACUUGGGUAAAACGCAGAGUAUAUACGACCACCAAUGUUUUACUGUGAGGAGGGUUUUGGGCUGAAAUUAUUCUACAAGUAAAUUUUAUCUCUGGAAGAGGGGCGGGUAGCCCUUAUAUGCGUUAUCAACCUUUAUUUUGUUUGCAUUAUGCCCGGAAUUCAUGUCUUUUUCAUGGAAUGGAAGGGGAAUCGUCCUCGCCGUGCAAAAAUGAACGGCAAUGUACACGGUGCGCUGCGAUGACUGCGCGGUAUAAAAAUGACCGUUUUUUGAACAGGUUUUGGGGGUGUUGUGCCAAGUAAAAUCGGCUCUAACAUGAAAACGGGCAAAAACGGGCAGCUAAAUUUGGUAUCGACUUAAAGCAUAGACAUCUGGCAAAAUGAUGAUGAUAGAAUUUAAACGGAAAUCUACGGAAAUUUAAACGUUUCUAAUGUAAAUGCUAAAAACAUGGAUUAUCAGCCUAUUUCGAGGAAUAAUUGUUCUAUAAACCUCCCGAAAAGUGUCUUUUAUCUAAUUUGAACCAUUUCACACGAAAAAAAAGAAUAUAUCAGGAUUAUGUGGGUGCCAUUUCAGAUUCCUACAUGAAAAACCUCUCGUGAAAUUGCUUGUUUUUCAACUAAGUUGUCAUACACGCGGCAUUUCGCAAAAUGUCACAUUUUACGAUUUGAGUUAGGAAAUUAACAACCUUUAUGCAAAUUCCCGAAUGAAAUAUUUUGCUGAAGUAUUCUUCAAAGUGUUGUCUUUCAGCUGGGCAUGACAAAAAUUAAAAAUCUGAAAUUGCCCAAAAUGACUUUUGGCGCACUUUUGUUUCGCCCCGGCCCACUGUGCGCCGGCGUUGGAAAAGCGGCGCCUAUAGUCUCGUUCUGCUAUGCAGGCGAGAUAAAAAUGACCUAGUCAAGAAAUUCUUUCAUAAUGUAGUCGGGCUCCUGAGACCACUCGGCCACGGCAUAUCGGAGCACCAAGAUGUGCUCCGAUAACAAUAUAUACAUAACACAGGGCAUGGUUCCUUGUGCUUUCAUUUUUCAUUCAACUUUCUUCAUAUGUCAUGCGCGCAUAAAGACUAUUGUAGACUUGAAUUGUCAAUAUGAAUUGUUUAUCUCUAAAACUUCCACUACACAAUAUGCGUCACUAGAUGUUUUAUGGCGUUGUUUGUGUUUCCACGAGCAGCUUGAUCAUCGGGCAACGUAAGAGGGCGUAGUGUUGCUCUCAUUGACCGAUACAUCAGGCAGAUUAAAACUAAAAGGCGACCUUCAAUCAAACGAACGAGGUAACAGUAUUUUGUUUGAACACAUGCAUGACUUAGAAAACAAAAUAUAUUAUUUUUCUUCGGCAAACAAUUUUCUAAAAGGGGAAUUAUACUUGGCGCCCCGCUUGUAGGUACCACACGCAGCAGAGAUGCACCGCCAGAUAUUUAGUUCGGUAAUAGUUGGGUUCCUCCACCAUACGUUCCAAUACUCAGAUACUGGUACCUCGUUUGUUUGAUCGACAGUCCCCUAGCUACCUGGCUACAUUAUUGUGAUACUAUGUCUAUAAGGUCAGGACCAUUCGACUUUUCGUAUAAUAUAAUGUAUCUUAAAAUCGUCAACUGAUUUUACAGUUGUGACCUGACAUGGUUCGACGUUAAGCCAUCACACCCUCGCAUCAAACCUUGUCAGAAUUAAAAAUGAAAAUAACAGAAACACACAAAUCUACGUUGGUUGUCAUUGGCAUUGGUUGUCAGAUGGCCCCGGGCCAAAUUACCUUCUUGAGGCUUUUAAUCAGACUUUUUUUUGUGAAUUCAGAAGAAAAAGAGGGCGCACUACUAAAAUCAGUUAUAGAUUUGGCUCACUAAGAUCAGCCAUUAGCAAAUAAUACUAUGAAAUGAGUAAUGAAAUGAAAAGAAGGAGAGAGAUUUACUUUACCUGUGAGACUAAUCUCCUUGCUUUUAUCACUUUAAUGCCAUUUGUAUGUUCUCGCUUUUUUUGUACAUAAAAUUGUUUCAAUAAAUGAAAUGAUUGAUUUUAUCUA